GUGGGUCACACAACCUCGGCAACUGGUCCCGGAAGCAAAAAGUCGCGGGACGGAGAAGGCGGAAAGGAGGGCCUGCGUCCGUGUCGCCGGCAGGGGGCGUGGUGGGGUGGGGCGGGGCCGGGCAUGGUAACGGCUCGGAAGUCUAGGCUGCCGGGCUGGAAGGAGGAGGAGGGACCGGUAUCUGCCGCCGCUGCAGCUGCCGCCCGAGCUCCAACCUGUUCCGUGUGGCCCCCGCUGGCCUUUCCGCGGCCAUGAUGAUCCACGGCUUCCAGAGCAGCCACCAGGACUUCUCCUUCGGGCCCUGGAAGCUGACGGCUUCCAAGACCCACAUCAUGAAGUCGGCGGAUGUGGAGAAGCUAGCUGAUGAAUUGCAUAUGCCAUCUCUCCCCGAAAUGAUGUUUGGAGACAAUGUUUUAAGAAUCCAGCAUGGCUCUGGCUUUGGAAUUGAGUUCAAUGCUACAGAUGCAUUAAGAUGUGUGAACAACUACCAAGGAAUGCUUAAAGUAGCCUGUGCUGAAGAGUGGCAGGAAAGCAGGACGGAGGGUGAACACUCUAAAGAGGUUAUUAAACCGUAUGAUUGGACCUAUACAACGGAUUAUAAGGGAACAUUACUUGGAGAAUCACUUAAGUUAAAGGUUGUACCUACAACAGAUCAUAUAGAUACAGAGAAAUUGAAAGCCAGAGAACAGAUUAAGUUUUUCGAAGAAGUUCUCCUAUUUGAGGAUGAACUUCAUGAUCAUGGAGUUUCAAGCCUGAGUGUGAAAAUUAGAGUAAUGCCUUCUAGCUUUUUCUUGCUGUUGCGAUUUUUCUUGAGAAUUGAUGGGGUGCUUAUUAGAAUGAAUGACACAAGACUUUACCAUGAGGCUGACAAGACCUACAUGUUACGAGAAUAUACAUCACGAGAGAGCAAAAUUGCUAAUUUAAUGCAUGUUUCACCUUCCCUCUUCACGGAACCUAAUGAAAUAUCACAGUAUUUACCGAUAAAGGAGGCAGUUUGUGAGAAGCUAAUGUUUCCAGAGAGAAUUGAUCCUCGCCCUGCAGACUCAAAAGAGUGUACACCUGUGGAAUAGAAUGUGUUAUAACAUAUACUCACUGUGAAAUCUGACUGGCUAUUUGGAGGGGGGCAUUUUUAUUUUGAGAAUUAAUUGCCUUGUCUAUGUGCAGAUUUUCUGUAACCUUAAAGGAAAAAAAAAAUAAAGGAUUGUUGCAGGCAGAUUCCACUCAA